CACAAUGCAAAUUUGAUUUGAGGUUGAGGAUAUGUAGACUUUUAAAAUUCCGAACUUUUAAACUUCCAAAGGGCAGUAGAAGAUGUUGAAAUGUUUAUAUUCCGAUUAUGUCUAUUUUCAGGAUGGAUAGCGCUUUUAAUUAAUGUAAUAGACUUGAUACCUUUGAUGAAUUUCGACAGCCCAAAUUCAUUGCCAUAUAAUGAAAUCAGCCCACAAAAUACCAUCAUCUCUUGUGACUUUGUCUCAAAACGCAUAAUUUUAUAUCUUAGAAAGUGUUCACACUCAAUCAAUGUUAGCGGUUUUGAGCGGCUACCCAGUCACGCAUUUAAUACGUAUUACGAAAACCUAUUUUGUGUUACUGGAUACCGUCUACAAGUUGACGACCGUAGAUUUAUUAAUGAAUCUUCAACCAACGAGGUUUAUGGAUUGUUCCUUCUUUCCAAAAACCAAUUAAACGGUUAUGUCAAUAUUUCAUCUUCAGAAAUACAUCCAUCAGGCUGUACUGUUUUCGUUGAAUCUAUAAGCCAAAAACUAAAACAAAACAACAAUAGUCAGUUUCACUCUCCUACCAUAUGUCAUCUAUUCGGUGCCACAUAUAACCUCACUAUUUCCCAUUUAAAUGUUACAAUUUUUGAAGUCAAUCCUAACUUAUCUUCAAAUAUUCGAAAAUCGAAUUCAAUUUUAUCAAGUGGGAAAAUUUCAAAAUUUGAUUCUCUCAAUUCAUCUAUUAAUUCACCAUCAUUAAUCAACACGCAAUCAUUUGAUUCUUAUGAUAGUAAUAAUAACAUAGUUAAAAAAGUGAAGCGCUCUCCUACAUCAAUGGCGAAUACUUCAACUUUGAAUACAGUACAUGUUGUUCAUCGUCCAGGUGAAUUGCAGCCAUAUGUGAUGGAGUUGUUUAUGGUGGCAGAUGAAACUUUGGUUGCAGAAUUUCGUGGACAAUACAAUCAAUUGGUUUCUCGUAUUAAUAUGAUUAUUGCACUUGUGAAUAAGUUAUUUGCUCCAUUCAACAUUGUAAUCACUGUUGUUCGUUUAGAAAUAUGGGAACAGGAUCGUGUUAAUUUAAAAGUUGAAGAACAUCAUCUACUCACUGCAUUAGCACAAUUCAAACGAAUGCAUGCUAAUGUACGUCAUGAUUGUUUACAUGCUCUAUUAGGUACAAAAGAACAAGGUUCACGAACUCGUGGAAAAGCUAAUCACAUGACAAUGUGUAUUUAUUCACGCUGUGUUGGUUAUAGUAGAGUUUCACCAACAUUCGAUAUUACUGAAACAGCUCGUACUAUGGCACAUGAACUUGGACAUAAUUUAGGUUUAAGACAUGAUACAGAAGAAUGUGAAUGUCAAGGUUGUAUAAUGGCUACUGGUGUUGAAUUCGGUACAACAAUUAUGCAAUGGUCACCAUGUUCUAUAAGAGAUUUACCAGGUUUAUUAAACUAUGGCAUGGGUGUUUGUUUGCAUGAUUUACCAGCAAGUGGAAGUGUAACUAUUAAUUCAUUUGUACCAAACUCUCAAAUAUUAUCUACAAAUCAAAAUCCAAAUAUCACCACUAUUCCAAGUGUUGUACAUAUUUAUGAUUGGCAAAGUGAAACAAAACGAAUUCCUAGCAGUCGUUUAUUAACAACUAUAAGACAACGUCAUUCUACGUCGUCUAGUGUUGAAAAGAAAUUUGUGAAUAGUUUAUGUGGUAAUGGAAUUCUGGAUCCUGGUGAAGAAUGUGAUUGUGGUACACAAACUUCAUGUCCAGAGAAAUGGCAAGCUUGUUGUGAUCCAAUGCAUUGUCGAUUACGUGGUAAAUCUGAAUGUGCUGGUGGUCCAUGUUGUGAUAUUAUUCAAUCAGAUUCAAUGGGAAAUAAUAAUAAUGAUCAAACAUAUUGUAAAUUAAAAUCUUCUGGAACUAUAUGUCGUAAUGAAUCUGGUACUUGUGAUUUACCGGAAUACUGUGAUGGACAUAGUCAAUGGUGCCCAGCUGAUGUAUACAAAAUUGACGGUGAAUUAUGUUAUACUAAUGAAGGUCAUCGUGCACAUUGUAUUCGUGGUGGUUGUCGUGAUGCUGAUGGUUGGUGUCGUGUAUUAUGGGGUAAAACUGCUAGACGUGCUGAUGAACAUUGUUUUUAUGAAAAUGAAGUAAGAAGUAGAAAAUCUAAUGUAGAUUCUGUAGCAAAUUGUGGCAUUCAUCGACCAUUAUCGAAAGAUCGUUGGGAAGAUGUGAAAACAUGGACAGGAAUAGCUUGUGAAACAUGGCAUGAUACAUCUUGUGGUCGAUUAUGGUGUCAGCAUCAAAAUGAAAAAGCUAUGCUUCUUGGUUGGAUUCAAUCACAAACACGUGUUAUUCAUUCAUCGGGUCAAUCAUGUUCAGCGCUAGUUUAUGAUCCAGUUUGGCCAGCUUCAGAUCCUUCUACAUGGGAUGAGAAUAAAUUAGUUCAAAUUAAUGCAAAUGGUGCAGGUGUUGGCAUGUAUUCAGCAACUACACAAGAUGCUGGCAUGGUUCCUGAUGGAACACCUUGUUCUCGAGGUUUUUGUUACAAUGGUUCGUGUAAAUCAAUCAAUGAUCUUCGUCGUCCACAUUCAUGUUACUGUAAUGGUCGUGGUAUUUGUAAUAAUUUAGGACAUUGUCAUUGUUCACCUGGUUACAAACCACCAUAUUGUGAAGAAAGUGGAAAUGGUGGCAGUAUAGACAGUGGACCGCCUCCAAUAAGUAGGAUCAACGAUAAUACAUUACUUAUUGUAAUAUGCUUACUGUUCUUUGUGAUUCUACCUUUAAUUGGUUUUGGAGUAUACUAUGUAUUUAUACGUUCUGGUAGAUGUUUAUUAAGUACAUCAAAAGAAUUUAUUUAUACAAGUAGUGGUUUACGUAAACCAUGUGAUAAGAAUUGUACAGAAUGUUUUUGUCAACUAUUCAAUUUCCCAGCAUCGUGUACAGAACUACUCACAAGAUCUAAUCGUACAAAAGUAGUAAUCAACAAUAGUAAUACAAUCAUUGUGUCAAACAUGACAAAUCCAAAAACUCAUCAAAACAAAAUGAUAGACUCAAAAAACCCUACCCCUUACUUGCAUUCUCAACUGUUGAUCCACAAGUCACAGCAAAUAAAGAAUUCAUCAACAGUCAAACCAAUGGACACUGUAAUAUCGCAUCCAACGGUAAACUAUCAAACGGUUCUCACAAAUCAAUUAAACCAAAAGCAGUCAGUUUUGAACCAACACCUCCGAGAAAAGAAACCACCGAUUUCAAUGAAAUCAAAACCAAUCGUGCACAGAACACCUUGUUCACUAGUUUAUCAACAGAAAAUGGAACAACGACAGCAAAUAAAUACCACGGUAGAGAGUCGAAAGGAGCGAUUCCAAAUUUAAUUUCUAGAAAUGAUGAAAAUGGCACCAGUAAACCAGUUAGUAAACUAACACUUCUAACUAAUCAUCUAAAGCCUACUAAAAUUGACAAUCAACGCCUAACCACUGCUGUUGAACAUCUUCAUGAUAAUCAUCAUCAUCAUCAACAACAAAAACAUUUACAAUCAAAACCAACUGAAUUCAUCUCUGAACCACGUCUUGAAACAAUGACUUAUGAAGGACCAAUGUGUUCUUUGAAAGAUCCAAUCAUAAUUAAUACAUUACAACGUAAAUCAAAAACUACAUUGCAUAAUCAAUCCGAAUCUGUUACAUUGGCUAAUUCUCAAUCAUCAUCUAUUAAUAAACAAAAUUCUCAACAACAACAACCAAUUACAAAUCAACAUAAUACAAUACAACCAAUAGUUGUCACUGAACGUCAAACACUUUCAUCAAAAGAUAUAUCUGCGCCAUUAUUACAAGCAACUACAUAUAAUGAAAGUUUAUCAGAUUUAGAAACAGCCAGAUUGAGAUUAACAUCACAGAAAGAGUUUGAACUUUGAUUUAUCAUUAUUAUUCUCUGUUUGUUUGUGUAUGUGUCGUCUACCGAUUGAUAGGUUUCUCAUAUUGUUGUUGUUGAUCUGUUUACAAUUCCAAUCUCUAAUCUAAUCUAUUCCUGCAAUAUAUCUUGUUCUAUGCUUCUUCUCCUUUUUUUAUACUCUUCAUUCCAGUGAAAAAAAAAAACUAAUACAUAUAUAUUCACAAUAAUCAAGCAGAAAUAUCUCUAUAUACACUAAUGAUCUGAUAAUGUGAAAGUCAGACAACAUAUUUACAUGUUAAAAAUUACGUCAUCACUAUUAUUAUUGUUAUUAUUACUAUUUUAACCAAAUGUGAUAUUCUAGUCGUGUUGUUCUUUUCUUCUUUUGUUGUUGUUGCUUUGUUUUAUUUUCUUCUAUUUAAUUUUAAAUUUGUAUUUUAUCUGAUUAACAAUGAACUUUGUUUAAAUCGAUUGACACAAGUUCAGUCAUUUAAAAGUAGUGAAUAUUCCAGGUUGACUUCAACUCAGGCUAAUUAAUAUUAAUAUGGAUGAAUGAAUUAGUUUACAUGGAAAAAUAAUUCCAUUCUCUCUCUGUGUGUGUGUGCGUGCCUAUGCUUGUGUGUACUCUUUUUUUUUAUAUGUGAUGAUUUUGUUUGGUUGUUAGUCGUCGUAAACAACGAAUAUUUUUUUUUGUAAUUGUAGUAGUAGUAGUGUUAGUAGUAAAU